AUGUCGCUUCAUUGGUCAUUCAUACCACUAGUGAUUUCGAUCAUUUUCUUUCAAAUCUCGUUCCUUCGCGCAACACCCAUUCAUUCGGAGUUAACAAAUCAGAUUAUUGACGACAAUGUCGACGGAUUUCAACGUGCACAUAAUGGUUAUAUUUAUGCAAUGAAAAACAUUGUUAACGAACCAAAUACUUACGAACGAAUGAAACUGCUUAAUCAAUUACGUGAAUCGCUUAAUCGUUUGUGCUUAGCGGGAUAUUUUGGUCCAUCGCACGCGGAAGCUUGUAGACAUGUCGUUGAUGUUGUUCAUCAAAGUUACGUAAACAACGAUGAUGAAACUCGCGAAUCCUCCAAUGAAGCGCACGGUAUUCAAAAACGUUUCUUUUGUAAUGGUUUUAUCGGUUGUAAAAGCGCCUCGGGUUGA